GGUGCGUGUCUACUACUUCAACAACAUGGAUGCGUUCUCAAAAGGAGACCAUGUUUCUAUCCUAGACCACAUUUAAAACCUUGUAAGAACAAAAUACGAAACUGUGAACUCUGCAUCUGAGAACAUCUUCGGCCUUUGGUGGAUCUUCCCCUUAGCCAUAUGUCUAUGUGUUUUCGGAGGGCGCAAGAGUGGCCCUCCAGGAGGCCAAAAAAACAAAAAAAAAAAAAAAAAAGGAAGGCUUGAUGCAGUUUGUCUAUUAAAGAAAAUUUCUAAAAUUAUUCUGGUCAUCAACUCAUACCUUCUUGUCGGACACAAUCACAAUGUCCAUAUCACUUCCAGGAAAUCGGGAUUUGCCCGCGUCGCAAUAUGAUCUCUCGACGUAUCUGGGACGUGUUCGUCAAUGCGCAGACCUAUCAGACCCUAGGACAUUGUUUACAUCCAGCGCCGGACUGCAGAAUGCGAAAGACCUUCUCACGAAGUACAGAUCGGGGGAAAUCCAAAGCAUGAGCCCAGAACUGUGGCAGGCUAAGAAGAUUGUCGAUUCAACCUUGCAUCCCGAUACAGGAGAGCCAGUGCUUCUACCAUUCCGCAUGUCGUGCUAUGUCUUCUCCAAUUUGAUUGUUACCGCGGGCAUGCUUAUCCCGGGGAUGAAGUGGAAAGGCACCUUGGCCUGGCAAAUUGCCAACCAGUCCUUGAAUGUGGCCAUCAACAGUGCGAACGCGAACAAAUCCACCCCUCUUUCCACAGCGGGAAUGAUUAAAUCGUAUCUCAUGGCGGUAUCUGCUUCUUGCUCGGUCGCGCUCGGGCUGAAUUCCAUCGUUCCAAGAUUAAAGUCGGUUUCACCAAGUACGAAAGUGAUUCUAGGACGCCUCGUCCCUUUCGCAGCUGUUGCCAGUGCUGGUGCGCUCAACGUGUUCCUCAUGCGCGGCGAGGAAAUCAGACAAGGAAUCGAUGCUUACCCAUUCACAUCAGUGGCAAGUGAAGAAGUAGACACUGGAGAGAAGGCACUGGUGACAAGCUUGGGAAAGAGCCAGAAGGCUGCAACUAUCGCGGUAGGCGAGACGGCCAUUAGUCGCGUUGUCACUUCUACGCCGGUUAUGGUCAUCCCACCUCUCCUUCUUCUGCGCUUCCAGAAGACAGAGGUGCUGAAGAGGCGCCCAUACCUUGCGAUGCCUAUCAAUAUAGGGUUGGUCUUCUUGACGUCUGCCUUCGCCCUCCCGUUCGCUUUGGGCGUAUUUCCACAGAGAUUGGUGAUGAAUUCCGAUCGUUUAGAAGAAAAUUUCCAUGGAAGAGGAGGUGAGAAUGGGCAAGUGGUAUUCAAUCGUGGUAUUUGAGGUUCUUUCAUCGAUGGGGAGGCGUCAGGGCUAUCUAUAGCCAGAAACGCGUAGUCAUCUGAGGCACAUCUGAAGCGUGCUCGCACAGUCUAUGGCUUGCCCUAGAGCUUGGUUUAUCUGUGAUGACCAGUUCCUGAAAAUAUGGACAUAAAAAAUAGACUAGAUAGCCAAAUUUCGACAUACGACCAACAUUCGUAUCGAAAGUUUUGAGUGGCAAGCGAUAUU